UUAGCUGAACUCUGUCUGGAGAGCCAGUCCGAUCUUGGGGCUGGUUAAGAGGAGGGACGGGGACGUCCGCUUUGGGGGCACUUAGGGAAGCGCCGGCUCCCCUAAGAGCCGAUCAUGGCUCUCCAACCCCGAAGAGUCCGGCUGAAGCCCUGGCUGGUGGCCCAAGUGGACAGCGGCAUGUACCCUGGGCUUAUUUGGCUACAUAGAGAAUCCAAACGCUUCCAGAUUCCCUGGAAACAUGCAACCCGACAUAGCCCUCAACAUGAGGAGGAAAAUACUAUCUUCAAGGCCUGGGCUGUAGAAACUGGGAAAUACCAGGAAGGGGUUGAUGAUCCUGACCCAGCCAAGUGGAAGGCCCAGCUCCGAUGUGCGCUGAAUAAAAGCCGGGAAUUCAACCUGAUGUAUGAUGGCACCAAGGAGGUGCCCAUGAACCCGGUGAAGAUAUACGAAGUCUGUGAUAUCCCCCAGCCCCAGGGCUCAAUUAUUAACCCAGGGUCCACAGGGUCUGCCCCAUGGGACGAGAAGGAUAAUGAACUAGAUGAGGAUGAGGAAGAUGAGCUAGAUCAAUCUCAACCCCAUAUCCCCAUCCAGGAUGCCUUCCCUUUCCUGAACAUCAAUGGCUCUCCUAUGGCGCCAGCCAGCGUGGGCAACUGCAGUGUGGGCAACUGCAGCCCUGAAGCAGUGUGGCCCAAAACCGAGCCCUUGAUGGAAGUGCCCCCAGCUCCCAUGCAACAUGACUUCUUUAGUUCUCCAGAACUCUGGAUCAGCUCUCUCCCAAUGACUGAUUUGGACAUUAAAUUCCAGUACCGUGGGAAGGAAUUGGGGCAGACAACGGUGAGCAACCCUCAGGGCUGCCGACUCUAUUAUGGUGAUCUGGGGCCCAUGCCAGACCAGGAGGAGCUUUUUGGUCCUGUUAGCCUGGAGCAGGUGAAGUUCCCUGGGCCAGAUCAGAUCACUAAUGAGAAGCAGAAGCUGUUUACCAGCAGGUUGCUGGAUGUCAUGGACAGGGGACUGAUUUUGGAAGUCAGUGGCCAUGCCAUUUAUGCUAUCAGAUUAUGCCAGUGCAAGGUAUACUGGUCUGGGCCAUGUGCCCCUUCACUUGUAGCCCCCAACUUGAUUGAACGGCAAAAGAAGGUCAAGCUAUUCUGUCUGGAAACCUUCCUCAGCGAACUCAUUGCCCGCCAGAAAGGACAAAUAGAGAAACAACCUCCUUUUGAGAUCUACUUGUGCUUUGGGGAAGAAUGGCCUGAUGGGAAACCUCGAGAGAGAAAGCUCAUUGUGGUUCAGGUUAUUCCAGUGGUUGCAAGGAUGAUCUACGAGAUGUUUUCUGGCGAUUUCACCCGGUCCUUUGACAGUGGCAGCGUCCGCCUGCAGAUCUCAACUCCAGAUAUCAAAGAUAAUAUUGUUGCCCACUUGAAACAGCUAUACCGCCUCCUCCAAACCCAGGAAAGCUGGCCUCCCAUGAACCCUCCCCCCAACAUGCACAUGACCCCAGCCCUACCAGCUCAGUGAACUUGGUUGCUGCAGCCCUCACCCCUUUUUCUAAAUAUUGUACAUAAGGAUAUUUUUUAUUAUUCAGAUUUGUUAACUGGCUUUUAACUCUAUUCCCCUCUCUAUAACAAUGUUAAUAGUUUCUGUAUGUUUCUUACUCUGCCUAGCUUUUUAAAAAACUCGAUUUUAAUUUAUAUCAAAAAUCAGAUUGUAUAAAUUUCCUAUUUCUUAUUUUUGAAACAUCCAUUGGAGUUAACUGUAAUGGCCUAAUAUAAGGGAAAGAACCUAGAAUGGAAAUCAGGAAAUCUACCUUCUAGAGUAAGCUCAAGUUAUUGACUUGUUAUUAUGUGACUUUGACCAUGCCCCUGGGCCUCUAUGAAAAAGGAGGUGAUUGAUCUCAAUCAUCUUUGUGUUCCCUCCAACUCAAACAUUCCAUGACUCAGUGACUGAAUUCCCCCUUGUAAAAAUAUCUCAGAACAGAAUGCCCUCCCUUACAUUCUCUCCCCACCCCCGCCCCCACCAGUGGUUUAGUAGAAUUGGGAUUGGGAGUUAUUGAACCUCUAUUUGAAUAUCUGGCUCUGUCACUUAACUGCUUGUGUAUGGAACCCAGGGAAAAUUAUUUGAUCUCUCCACAUCUCAAUUUUCUUAUUUAAAAAGAAAAGGAUUUGGAAUACAUGCCAUACAAAGUCUUCCAACUCUAAACCUGUUUCCCUACAUUGCUUUGUCCUUGGACCACCAAAAUCGUCUUUCAUUAAAUUUCCCUCAAGUGCUAAUUGUUCAGGAUGGAGCUCUGUUUGACCUGCUCAUCUAGAAAGCAAAUUGCCAAGUUGGGGGGAGCUAGAGGGAGGGACUAGCUGUGGUUGCUUAGAAACCUGGCUCAAUAUUUAAAUAGAAGUGGGUGCCAAAGUCUGAAAGUCACCUGUGUGUAAAGUCUCAUAAAUUGAACCUCUAAAGGGAAGCUGUCGACAAUAGCUAGCUCAAGGAUUUGGUGGAAGAAUGGGUUAUGUUUACCCUGUCAUCACUCAAAUGUAUGUGUGUGUAUAUGUGUGUUGUUGAUAUAUAGAUGGCUCAGGGUUAUUCUUUCUAGAAGAAGGAUGGAGGUUUUGUCUUUUUGUCCAAGGCCACCUUGGGAGUGGGUGGGUUAGGUUGGGCUUCUGCUAUUUGAGGAUUAAAUUCCCAUGGUAACAGAGGGGCCCUUUAGAAUUCCUAGUAUUCUUUAUAGUAGGAGGCUUAAUGUUAAACCAACAAACAUUUCUAAGGCAUCUAUUAUUGUCAAAGCAUUGUGUAAGGGAUGCUAUAAUUGAAAAAUAACAGUCCUUGCCUUCAAGAAGGUUUUUGUCUUCUGAGUAUAUACAACAUUUUGGGUUAACUAAAUGGGCCAGGGACACAAAGGCAUAACAGUAUUUUAGGGUUUUCAAAUGGUUUUAUAUGUAAUAUCACUUGAUUCUUACCAUGUGAGGUAGGUGCUAUUAUUAUACUCAUUUUAUAUAUGAAGAAACUGAAGUUGAAAGGAUAUUUAUGUGACUUACUGAUCUGACAUAGAAUUCAGACUCAGGGUUUCCUAACUAAUGCCAGUGCUAUUCAAUGUGACACCUAGCUGCCUUCCUUGAAGAGGAUGAAAGACAGAAUGUAAUGGCUUCCAGGUGAAAUCAUCCUAAUGGUGAUUUGAACUGUAUGCAGAUGGGAGCUAGCAUAUAUUUUAUGAAAAGUAUUAAAUGCCAAAGAGAAAGCUUUACAUUUGAUCCUAGAGGCAAAAGGAAACCACUGAGUUUAAUGAGUAAGGCAGGGUAACAUAGUUGAACCUAUAAAUUAGAAAAUUUUCCCUACUGAGUGGAAGAUGUAUUGAGAUAAGUAUAGACUUAAGGCAGAAAGAUCAAUAAGAAGGCUAGAGCAGGAGUCUGUAUUUGAAGUGAUGAGGACCCAAGAUCAUCCCCGUAUACCUGGAAGAAAAGGGUUGCAUGCAAUGGAUGUUGUGGAGGGGAAGACAAGAAGAUUUGGCUGUGGAUUGAAUUUGAGGGGUAACAAAAGGGGAGGGUUAGGAAUGACACCAAAGUGGAGUUUGAGUGACUUGGGUGUUUCUCUUACCAGAUUUCCUAAAUAUGUAAGCUUUGGAGUGGGCACAGUUUGGAGGAAAAGAUAGUGACAUAUUUUGGACAUAUUGAUUUUGAGACAACUUUAGGAUAUGCAGUUGGAGAUGUCCAGCAAAGGAGCUGAUGCUGAAAGAAAGGAAGUAGCAUGGAAUAGGACUGGGCCAUCUUUGACAAUCAUCUUCAUAGAGAUGAUCAUUGGACCCAUGGAAGCUGAAAAGCUGAAAAAAAGAGGACCCAGGAUGUUAGGAGGAUUUAACACCUAAAAACCAGGAAAGGCCACUGGGAAGGAAUGGUCAAACAAAUAGGAGAACCAGGAGAGAGCAGCAUUAUGAAAACCUAGUGAUGAGAAAGUAUCCCGAAGGUGAUUGACAAUGGUAGAAGUUGCAGGGAUAUCAAAGGUUAGAAAUAAAGUAAAGGCCACUAAAUGUGGCAAUUAGGAAAGGACUGAUAAUUUUGGAGAGAUCAAUUUUGUUUGAAUUAUGAGAGAAGUCAGAGAAAGGAGACACUUAUUCUAGGUGACUUUCCCAAGUUGUUUAGCUGAUAAAGGAAAGGAAAUAUAGGAUGAUAGCUAGCAGGGAUAGUAGGAUCAAGAGAGAUUUUAAUGAUGGAGAGAUUUGAGCAUGUGGAGAAAAUGGGGAAUAUAGUAGAUAGUAUAUAGAUCAGGAGUAAUUGAAGGUAAGAGAAGAUAAUAAAAUUCCUCCAUUUACUGGAGAAAUCGAACAAGGAGAUUGUGUGUGUGUGUAUCUGUAGAAGGAUCACACACACAUAUAUAUGAAGGAAGAAAGGAGAGUGAGCUCUUAGUUAAAGGUCUUUCCUUUUUUUCAGUAAAGUAUAUAGAAAUCAUUGGCUGAGAGGAUGGGCAAGGGGUGUGGUGGAAGGCUUUUGGAAAGGUAAGAGUUUGAAAUGGCCACUGUCAGAGAGUGAAAUAUAGAGAGUCAAAGCGUAGAAUUGAAUGUUUACUUAAUUGCAGUAAGGAUCCAGUUGAGGACUGUUUUUUAAGCUUUUACAAAGGGAUAUUUAAUGAGAUAUAGCAAGAAUAGGAGUGUUAAUGUCCUCCCCAGACUAGGGGGGGUAUACUCUAAACUGGUCAGAGGGGGAAGAGUGGGCUCAAAUUUAAAGUAGAUGAAACAAUUGUCUCAUCAAGUUCACUUUAAAAUGUGACAUGGAUUAACAAUAGAUGAAUUGUUAUUACCACUUCUUGACUGUCUUUACUUCACUGGGUCAAGCAAAUUCCUUGGAGCUUUAUUCCAUAUUAUUUAUUCCUAUUCCAUAUAUUUAUUCCUUAUUAGGCUUUCCAAAUUCUGAUUACUCACUCCCUUGACCUUUCAAAGUUCACUCAGUCUGAUAUCCCUUCACUAAGAAGAGUAAGAAAGAAAUAAAGACUAGAGACUUUUAUUUCUUGGUUAUUUGUUGACCUGAAUAGAACAGCUCUAGGGCCCUCCCUAUACAGAAGCUUACAGAAUCUUUCUCAUUCAAACCAGCCAGACUGGAAAAGAAGGCCCAGUUGAGAUUAGAUAACAUAAAUUGUAAUGGGCCCAGUCCACCAGGUUUUGUGAUUUCUUCCAGCUCUAUUCAGCAGUAUAUGAAUAGGAUUAAAAGAGACAGAUGGUGAGAGCAAUCUGGAUUUGAUACUUGCCAGGCUUGAUCGAUGAUAGGAAAAGUAGGCAAGGGAAAUAAGCAUGAGAGCUGAGAUGGUUCACUAAAGGGUCCAGAUAAAAGAGAGCAAAAAAUAGCCAAUGCAGGGAAGGAGGUUUAAUAGCUUGGAAAGAUCUGAGGGCUGGAAGGAAUGGAAAUCAUGGUAAGCAGAGUUAGGAGUCAAAAAACUUGGGGAAAGAUGGAAUAAUAAUAGAUUAUGAUGAGAUGAAGUGAUUUCUGAAUUUGUGAACAAUGAAGCAUUUUUGGAUCAUGACUGACCAUCCCAGGGUACUUGAGGUAAAGUAAAGGAGUAGAUUAUAGGGAUCAAAUAGAUUGUGGUAUGAGUAUCUUGAGGCAGUGUCAAUAUGUGUUAUAUGGAUAUCAGUGGAUAUGUUGAAUUCUCUUUAUGUAAGGGCAAGCAUAGGGGAGGAGAAAAUGACCUUGAGUCAGUUGAUGAACUCACUGAAGAAGGAAGAAAAAAGUUAUAGGAGUCAAUAGAUAACAUCUGGACCACAAAGGAGAGAUUACUUGAUGGUCAAGGUGAAGGGGAGUCUGGAAGUAGCAACAAAGAAGUAAGGAACAUUCCUCACAUCCAGUGGAGGCAGGGGAAUAAUGUAAGAGAAAGUGUCACCAGCCAUGGAAAGGGUGGCAAGGGAAGCAGUGUCAUCAGGAAGGAGCUACAUCUCAUUGAGGGCUAGAAAAUGGGAAGGCUGAAAAAGAGAUUUGAGAUAAAAUGAAGUUUAUUAAUUACGCAACAGGCACUGGAGCGGCACUUUGUGAGGGCAGGGUUGAGGCAGACUGAGGAAGCAAUGAGUAGAUGAAGAACAAGGUUUAUACCUCAGCUACUAGAAGUUCAGGAUUGCAGGGAUGGGGUGUGAGUGUAAGGGGAUGUGAGUAUGAUAACCAGCAAGCAGUGAGUUUAGGUGGAGUAACAGUGGUUGUAGAGAAGGGUGGAGAACCAAUGGGUAUAGAGAAAUUUCUUGAGGGCAAGACAAGAUUACAAUGUUCAGGGUCCUUUAAGAUUCAUCCCCCGGCUGAUGAAGAUGUAGGAUUUUUUUAAGACCUAAGGAGCUCUAGCUCUUAACAGGCAGGAGUGAGAGAAGCUAUAGCAGCCCAGGGAGAAGGCUAAGGUGUUUUGCUUGUCAGGGUAUAGGCCCUGGGGAUGGGAUGGGGCAAGAAAUGGAAGAGGUCCUGUUGAAAGGGAGCAACCCUAUGCUGGAGAAUGUCCUCGGGCAGUGACCUGCCUCCCAUUUAUGAUGAAAAAUAAGAUCCAGGAUCUG